UUCUGCACUGGCGGGCAUCUUCCUGUGUCUCCCAUCUCCUUUACCGCCUGACUUCUAUAAGAGAAAUAAAGAGGGAACAUUAAUUGAAUCUUCACCCACCUCCCUUCAUCUCCAUAUUAAAGUAAUUUUUCUUCUACUAAUUUCUACCUUCUUGUUAUUUUUAUUCUCCCAUAUUUUUUAGUUUUUUUUUUUAAUCUCUUUUAUCUUUUUAACAGAUACUGACAUAAUCUUUCUCUAUGUUCUGUUAAUUCUUGUUUACUAUUUCUGUAAUGGUUUUUCUACUUGUUUGAUAUACACAUUGUCUAUAUGUAUGUUUUGGUCUGUGGCUGUAUCUAUGUUUCUCAAAUUUCGUGUCAUUUUUCAGUCAAUACAGUCCACACAGCUAAACACCCUAAUCCCAUGUCUCAGAUUGCUUAGAUACUGUCAUUUUGAUUCAAAACUGGGUUUGAAUUCCUUAAACCAUACUUCAACUCUAGCACCAAUAAAACCCCAAAACAAUGUUGCAAUUUUCUGGGAUUUGGAUAACAAGCCGCCAAAUUCAUUCCCUCCAUAUGAGGCUGCCUUUAAGCUCAAAACGGCAGCAUCUUCAUUUGGGGUAGUUACUUACAUGGUGGCAUAUGCCAAUCGGCACGCUUUUAGUUAUGUGCCACAAGUUGUGAAAGAGCAAAGAAAAGAAAGAAGAUUGUUGAAUCAGUUAGAAAACAAAGGUGUGAUUAAACCAAUUGAACCAUAUCUAUGUGGAGUUUGUGGAAGAAAGUUUUAUAACAAUGAGAAAUUCAUGAAUCACUUUAAGCAAAUUCACGGCCGUGAGCAUCAGAAGAGGUUAAAUCAGAUAGAAUCAGCAAGAGGGAAGAGGAGAGUGAAGUUGGUGUCUAGGUAUGCGAUGAAGAUGCAGAAGUACAAGAAUGCAGUCAGGAGUGUUUUGACACCAAAGGUAGGGUAUGGUCUGGCAGAUGAGUUGAAAAGAGCAGGGUAUUGGGUUAGGACUGUGUCAGAUAAGCCACAGGCUGCAGAUGUGGCAUUGAGGGAUCACAUGGUGGAUGUGAUGGAUAAGAGGAGAGCUGAGUGUUUAGUGCUUGUAUCAGAUGAUUCAGAUUUUGUUGGUGUUCUGAAGGAGGCGAAAUUGAGAUGUAUGAAGACUGUUGUGGUUGGGGAUAUUAAUGAUGGAGCACUGAAGAGAGUUGCUGACGCAGGGUUUUCUUGGCAAGAGAUUUUGAGGGGGAAGGCUAAGAAGGAGGCAGUGUCAGUUGUGGGGCGGUGGAAGGACCAAGACACUUUGAAGAGACUAGAAUGGACAUACAAUCCAGAGGAGGAGAAAAGGUUGUGUAGCAAAGUUGCUGCAUUUGAUAAUUAUGAGAGUGACAGUAAUUAUGAUGAAGAUGAAGAUGAAAAUGAGGACGGAGAUUUUGAAGGUAUCAUUGAUGAAGGUGAGGCGGAUGGUAUGGAAAAGGAUGCUGCAGGUGCUUGGUGGGAGCUGAACUCUGAUCCUGAGGCUACUUCCUAAAUUUGGACAAAGGAUCAAUUAUUUGACAUGGUGAAAUUCACCAUUGUUUUCAUGAAGUUCUACAAGCAGAGCACCCGAAAGCAUAUAUUAUGAUGUGACAGAACUAUGUUAGAGCUACUAAUAUUUUUAUCUGGCUCUACUAAUGUUAUUUUUGGAUCUUAUUUCCUUAAUAAUACAGAUUAAAUUGAUUAUCCGUA